AUGCAGGGGGCUAGUCAGCAUUUGAAACAUAAUCAACGCACCAACACAUUUCGCGAAAAACGCGCAGUCUUGGGGGCUAGUUGUAGGGAGAGCACUAUUUUCAGAGCAAGCACAUCAGUCAAGACGGAUAUGCUCACUCUGAGGGGGCUAGUUGUACGGGUAUGCUACCAGCUGGCUGCUAUUAUUCCUUACCGGCAUCUCCUAAAGGCCGGUAGGGAGGCGGCACGUGAUCAAUCAAGAGUCAACGGGUCGCUAUCAAUCGGCUUCAGCAAUGCAACAUCAUUCUUAUCCAGCUCCCCAAAGAAGAAAAGGAGAAUACCCCUUUCAUCUAUAAGAAAACCCAGGAACUUGCCAGAGAAUGGAACCACUGAGGAAGUGAAGAAACUUGUGACGACAUUGAAUGAAGCCGAAGUUCCCUCUGAAGAGGAUCUGGAGGUUGUUGUCAGCCCUCCAUUUGUAUUUCUGUCUCUGGUAAAAAUCUUAUUGAGACCUGAUUUUCAUGUUGCUGCACAAAACUGUUGGGUACGAAAAGGUGGUGCUUUCACAGGUGAAGUUAGUGCAGAAAUGCUGGUCAAUUUGGAUAUUAACUGGGUGAUAUUGGGUCAUUCAGAGAGAAGAGCCCUAUUAAACGAGACAAAUGAUUUUGUUGCAGACAAGGCCUGAAAGUGAUUGCUUACGUAGGCGAGACUUUGGAGCAGCGUGAAGCAGGGACUACAGUGGAGGUAGUUGCAGCUCAGACAAAAGCUAUUGCUGACCGCAUAAUGAACCAGUUUGGGCCAUUGGAACUGGCAAGGUGGCUACCCCUGCUCAGGCUCAGGAAGUAAGUCUAGCUUCCAUAGAGUUGACCUAUGUUUUUGGACUUGAAUGUAAACUUUGAAUGAUGCUUGUUUAGUUAGUUUUGAUUGACAUGCAGCCUAAUGCUGAACGAUAGGUUUUCUAUACUUUUAUUGCAUGGUUAUAAACUAUAAAGUGACUCUGAUAACAGGGAUUAUAGUC